AUGGAGUUUCAGCAGGCUAUGAAUGCUGUUGACACUUGUCCUGACAUAGUUGAUGUCCUGAUUGUUGGUGCUGGAUUUGGUGGAUUGUUUAUGUUGCAUAAUUUACGAGAACAUGGAUUCACAGCAAAAAUCGUUGAGGCCAGUGACGGAAUUGGCGGUACUUGGUACUGGAAUCGCUAUCCUGGCGCUCGAUGUGAUGUUGAGAGUAUGCAAUAUUCAUAUUCUUUUUCUGACGAGCUGCAACAGGAAUGGCAUUGGUCAGAACGCUUUGCUGCGCAACCGGAAAUCUUGCGUUAUCUGAACUACGUUGCGGACAAAUUUGAACUGCGCAAAGAUAUUAUGCUGAGCACUCGUGUGAUUUCUACUAUUUUCGAUGAGACGCUUUUACAUUGGGAAAUUAAAACAAAUCGCCAUGAACGUUUGUUGUCCAAGUUCUGUGUUAUGGCAACAGGUUGUCUUUCCGUUCCGAAGAUACCUGAUAUAAAAGGACUCGAUAACUUUAAAGGUAAUAUCUAUAGCACUAGUAAUUGGCCGCAUGAGAAUGUGGACUUUACAAACCGUCGUGUAGCCGUUAUCGGAACCGGACCAUCUGGUGUGCAAUGUAUUCCAAUCAUCACUAAACAGGCUGCUCAUGUUUAUGUAUACCAGAGAACACCCAACUAUUGUAUUCCGUUGAAUAAUGAUCCACUUGAUCCGCAAGAGGAACAAUGGUGGAAGACAAAUUAUGCCCAACUUCGACGUGAUAUGAUGCGAACAAGUGGUGCCCUUUUGCUUCAUGAUACCCGAAACUGUCCUGCAUUGAGUGUAACAUCGAAAGAAAGAGAGAAAAUAUAUGAAUCGGCAUGGAAGAAAGGUGGAAACGCAUUUAGACUACCUUUUAAUGAUCUCUAUAUCAACAAAGAAGCCAAUGAAACAGUAUCAAAUUUUAUCAAGUCUAAGAUACACGCAACUGUCAACGACCCUACUAUUGCCAGACUCUUAUUACCAUAUAAUCAUCUCUUUGGUAUUAGACGUCUCUGUAGGGGCACUGAUUAUUAUGAAACAUUUAAUCGCGAUAAUAUUACACUUAUUGAUCUUCGUUACAGAGGCAUCGAUGAAAUUCAGACAACACGAGUUCGAGUGGGGAAUAAGAUCUAUGAAGUAGAUGAUAUCGUCCUUGCACUUGGAUUCGAUGCCUUCACUGGUGCAUUGCUCAAUAUGGAUAUUCGCGGUCGAUUAGGCAAGACUCUUCAAGAAAAAUGGAAAAAUGGAUGGCGUACUUAUCUAGGUCUGAUGAUCGCCGACUUUCCAAACUUAUUUACAAUUACUGGUCCCGGUUCUCCAUCUGACUUAGCUAAUAUGGUUCCACAUAUCGAACAACAUGUUAAAUGGAUAACAAAAUGUUUGGAAUAUCUACGAACGCAUCAUAUUAAUAUGAUAGAACCUACUCUAGAGGCAGAGAAUACUUGGUUUGAACAUGUAAAUGAUGUUGUCGAAAAUACUCUUUUUCGAACAUCCAAGUCAAUCUACAACGGAGCAAAUAUAUCCGGAAAACCACGAGUCUUUAUACCUUAUGUAGGAGGUUUUGAUAUUUAUAUGGAAAAGUGCGAAAAUGUCGCCAUAAAUGACUAUGAAGGUUUCCACCUGAUGAAGUAA